AUGAUCAGAAAUUCUGUAAGAACCGAGGUAUUGUACAGAUUCAAUAAAGAACGACUCGAGGGAACAGUUGGGUGAUAUUUUUUAUCGUAAUUUGACCGUACGGCGAAAAGAUCAAAAGCUGAAACCAUGUCUAGGAAAUGCGACUUGUGCAACAAGAUAUUUUCACAGAGAAGCUCUUUGCUAAAACAUAAAAGAACACACACAGAACACAAACCUCAUGAAUGUGAUGUUUGCAACAAAAGAUUUUCCCGAUCACAUGCCUUAACUGUACAUAAGAGAACACACACUGGAGACAAACCUUAUGAAUGUGAUGUUUGCAACAAAAGAUUUUUGCAGUCAGGUCACCUUACUGCCCACAAGAGAACACACACUGGAGACAAACCUUAUGAAUGCGAUGUUUGCAACAAAAGAUUUUCACACUCAAGCACCUUAGUUACACAUGAAAGCACACACACUGGGCAGAAACCUCAUGAAUGUGAUGUUUGCAAGAAGAGAUUUUCAUGCGCGGGCAACUUAACCAAGCAUAAAAGAACACAUACUGGAGACAAACCUUAUGGAUGCAAUAUUUGUAAGAAGAGAUUUUCACAAUCAAGCCACUUAGCCACUCAUAAAAACACACAUACCGGAGAGAAACCUUUUGAAUGUGACAUUUGCAAGAAGAGAUUUUCAGAAUCAUACAAGUUGGCACGACAUAAAAUAUCAUUACACAAGGUAAAACAGUGUUUUGAGUGUGCUAAAUGUAAGAAAACAUUCACACAAGAUAAAAGUCUCAAACGUCACUGGAGAGUACAUUCAAGAGAUGGCUUAUUAUUCUGCAACAGUUGUGGCAGGGAAAUUAUUCAAGAGCAAGGGCAUGUUGGUGAGAUACUGAGUGGCGAUUAUUUUGUGUGCGACAAGUGCAACAAACAAUUCCCUGAUAUUGAAAGUUUAUAUCAACACAAGGCCAAAGACCAUGGUACGUCCUACCAAUGUGAUGUCUGUAAGGAAUUCGAAGCAAAAGAAGCAACUGGUAUUGGUUAUAUCUGUUGUGUCUGCGAUGCCGAGUUUGAAAUCCCCACCAAACUUGAAGAUUAUGUGAGUAUGCAUGACAAUGUGCUGUGCGACUAG